AUGCCUCGUUCAAAGCGUGCGCGCGUCGUCCACGAGUCCAAGACUGCCAAGAAGGACCACAAGGAGCAGACCCGCCGUCUGUACGCCAACAUUCGGGAAUGUCUCGAAGAAUAUGACCAUAUGUUUGUCUUUGCGGUGGACAACAUGAGAAACACAUAUCUCAAGGAUGUGCGCUCCGAAUUCUCCGACAGCCGUGUCUUCUUUGGUAAGACCAAGGUCAUGGCUGUCGCUCUUGGCAACAGCCCCGAAAACGAAGCCGCUCCCAACAUGCACAAGCUCACUCCCUACCUGACCGGUGCCGUCGGUCUCUUGUUCACCUCCCGCUCCGUUGAAUCCGUUCUCGAGUACUUCGAGAACUUCCGGCCCCUGGAUUUCGCCCGUGCCGGCACCAAGGCUACCCGCUCUUUCAUGAUCCCUAACGGUCUGGUUUGCUCUCAGGCCGGUGAGAUCCCCGCUGAGCAGGAUGAGCCCAUCAGCCACACCAUGGAGCCUGCUCUGCGUAAGCUGGGUGUUCCCACCCGUCUGGUCAAGGGCAAGGUUAUGCUCGAGCUCACUGAGGGCCAGGAGGGUUACAAAGUCUGCCGUGAGGGCGAGACCCUCGACUCCCGACAAACCACCCUUAUGAAAAUGUUCGGUAUUACCUCUGCCGAGUUCAAGGUUGAUCUCAAGGCCCAAUGGUCGCGGGCCACCGGAGAGAUCAAGAUCCUUGAUCAGGGUCAGAUGGAGGUUGAUGCAUAG